CAGGGGCCCGAAAUAAGCUCAGCCCGCGUAAGACACCUCCGGCCAUAAGCGCAGUUCGACCAAAUCCACCAAAUCUUCCUCGACGCCACAGACGCAAACUGAAGCAAAGUGCGAACGGCCUGUCAGGCAACGCAGUAAACGCCUGGUACCGAGUCUGAGUCAGGCGACCCGACUGCCAUCUGCAUCUCGUUCUUCCUCUCGUCUAUCUCUUGGCUCCGUCUGCUUUGUCCUACUUCUGUACUCCACUAUCGCCAUGCAGGCUGAUGAUCUCGCAAACUACACCCGCAGCGCUCACGAUGAGUUUGUCGCCAUGCUCGCUGAAAAAGGUGACGCUUACAUGAAAGAGUGCCUCGUCUUCUCCACAAACUGCCAUGCUUGUAUAACCGCCCCGACUUCACAACCUUGCGGAUGGUGUCCGUUCUCCUCUACCUGCGUGCCCGACCCUAGCCGCCUCGGCAUACUCGCCGCCAUCCGCGACAGCAACAUCUGUCCCUACACCGACGAGCGCUUCGAGUUCCGCGCCCGCGGCCUCGGCUGCUCCGUCUCCUCCAUCACCCUCUGGAGCACCGUCGUCUCCUUCACCAUCGGCAUCAUCGCCGUCAUCCUCGUCUCCGCGCUCGUCCUCUGGCUUGCCAAGCACCGACUGCUUGCCUGGCUUGAACGCACUCUUGCUGACGAGCGGGAGAAAAAUCUCGAUCGGGAGAAAGCGGCCUUGUUGAACUCGCGGAGUAGGGAUCGCGGGUAUCAGUCUAUGGCUAUCGUCAGUCGUAUACCUUCAGAAACCUACAACGCCGACGACGAGGAAGAAGACGAAGAUGAACAACAAGAUGAUGUCGAGAACGACGAAGACCUCUACCAGCAACCACACCUCACCACCGCCGUCGCAAUACCAACCCAACCCGACUUCCAAAGCUCAGGCUUCAUCUACAACCCCCAAACACAGCACUUCAACUCCUCCAAACCGCGCGUGUACGAAAUUCCAACCGUCGAAGCCCGGCGCAUGUCCAGGGACAACGACAAGUUCCGCAUGCCUGAAGACGAGGAAAACGCGGUCGAAGACGUGGGACUUUUCAACAGGCUUAGUAGUAGCGUCAAGGACUUUGUCAGCGCUGCUUCGCCUUAGCGUUGGUCUUGGUGCUGAUUGUGGUAUUUUCUUGGUCGGAGGACCUCAUUUGUUUGGUUUUUGCUUGAUUUUUCUUCAAUUUUAGCAAGGAGGGGUUUAUUGGGAUAAUUUGGUGUUUUUUACGGAUCUCUUGCAUAUUCUUGUUACUGUUUUUAUUUCUUGAUCUAUUAUCAUCGUAGUACAUAUCGUCUAUUUAUUUCGGUUUUCUUGUCCGAUUUUCUUGGUAUUGAGUAGGUCGCAGUCUUUUCUCAGAACUUUCUGCAGCUUUUUAUGGUGCCUGCCUGAAGUAUUUGAUAUAUGAUAACACAUAAAGCAUCUUUCUUAGAAAUCCUCCUCUCAAUUAUCAACUGUAACUGGUUAAUCGUUUUCUUGAUCAACUUCUGUAAUAAUUGAGAAUAUCGAGUCAUACUUCCUCACCGCCGUCCCCCUGAAACCCAAAAACCGAUAAAACCUGAACUCGACGAAAUAAUUCCGAUAAUCA